UGUGUGUGUGGUGUGUGCAUUUAAGACUGAUGCCGUUCUCUCUCCUUCCUGCUGUCAUAACUUCAAAGACACUGCUUCCCUGACCCCAUAGUGACAACUCUGGCAUUGGCUUUUUAUUGAUUCAAAGCAGCGGAUGCUGAGCCUUGGUCUGGCUGUUCAUUCUCCACUUUCUAGCCAUCUAUCGAGUACGGGACAGCUCUGGAUCCCCAGAGCCAGAUCGUGCUCUGUAGCUCCCUUAGGAGCAACUAUCAACAGAUCCAUGACCAAGAGGGCCCCAAGAUUCAAAGACUGUUCCAGUCUACUCUGGAUUUUUCCAGCUGUUUUUCUUGGCCAGAGGAUCACACCCAUCGGGAUGCAAACCGAGAGCAGGAAGCAAGCGGAACAGUAAAGUCAGAUGAACCAGAGGAGAGGCAGAUGUCACGGACACGAGGACGGUAGCUUCGAGCAGCCCAAACCCUUGCAAGAGAACACCCAGAGGGGUAUCUUUUCAAGUGCAGGUUGUGCUGGACAUGGUCAGGACCUGAAGACUAAAAGUCAGAGUCCUUAUUGUGGGCUAUCCUCUUCUAGAAGUGGGCUAAAGCCUAGGCACACAGCUGUUAACAUCUGGAUCCAGGAUCAUGUCUGCUAACAAGGGCUGGUGGGUGCCACCUGAGGGUGAGGACAACCUGUCCAAGAAGUUCCUAAGGAAGACCAGGGAGUCUCCACUGGUGCCUAUAGGUGUAGCAGGCUGCCUGGUGAUAGCAGCAUACAGGAUUUACCGGCUGAAGGCUCGGGGUUCUACCAAGCUCUCCAUCCAUCUGAUUCACACCAGAGUGGCGGCACAGGCGUGUGCUGUGGGGGCCAUCAUGCUUGGUGCCAUGUAUACAAUGUACAGAGAUUACAUCAAGAGGGUGUCAGAGGAUGCCGAGAAGUAGGACUCCAGAGGUGGCAGGAUGGCCCAGUCCCCCGGCUGUCUGCAUGUUCUAAUAAAGCUAUGCUGAGGAAA